AUUGUUCGCGCAUGCGUCUGAGCAGUGCUCGCACCAUUUUGCGUGUGGCUAAGCUAACAGCAGCUAGCUGUUGAUCUUUUUCUGCUUGGCUGUAAUUUGUGUGUUUGUGUUCCGGUUCUGACAGUCAGUCUGAGGAAACGAACCCGUUGGUUCUGACCCGGAGUCUCUGUCUUCGUCUGAAAACAUGGACGGAGAGGAAGACGACUUCAUGUCCGGGACCCACUCCGACGACGGCGGCGCCACUCCAGUUCAGGAUGAACACCCACCAUCAGACGGCGAGGAGAUGAAGAGCGACGGGCGUCAGUCUGAGCAGCGAAGAGGAGCCGGGCCGUGUCCGAUGAUGACGAGAACUCAGACAGCGACGAAGGCUUCGGGGGUCCGGAUAAAAGCCUGGCGGCCAAACUGAAGGAGCUGGGCUCGGACAGCGGGAGUGAUGAAGAUGACGGAGCCAGGGCCGCGGCGGGGAAAAAAGACGAGAAGGCGUUGUUCGGCAGCGACAGCGAGUCUGGAGACGAGGAGGAGAAAAUGAUCGCAGACAUCUUUGGAGAGUCUGGAGACGAGGAGGAGUUCACGGGAUUCAACCAGGAGGACCUGGAGGCAGACAACAAGGAGGUGAAGGAGAAGCAGCAGGUGGAGGAGGAGUCAGACUCUGAUGAAGGAGUGGACCGCAGCGGGCAGGAGACCGCACUCUAAACAGCCAGAAGAAACCGGCGCUGAAGAAGCUCACGCUGCUGCCACAGGUGGUCAUGCACCUGAAGAAACAGGACCUGAAGGAGACUUUCAUCGACAGCGGCGUGAUGUCAGCAAUCAAAGAGUGGAUCAGUCCUCUUCCAGACAAGUCCCUGCCGGCUCUCAGGAUCAGAGAGGAGCUGCUGAGGAUCCUGCAGGAGCUGCCCGGGGUGAGCCAGGAGACCCUGAAGCACAGUGGGAUCGGACGGGCCGUCAUGUUCCUCUACAAGCACCCCAAAGAGUCCCGGGUCAACAAAGACCUGGCCCUGAAGCUCAUCAAUGAGUGGUCCAGGCCCAUCUUCGGUUUGACCUCUAAUUACAAAGGGAUGACCCGGGAGGAGCGGCAGCAGAGAGACCUGGACCAGCAGGCCCCUCAGAGACGCAGGCUCAGCUCUGGAGGACAGACGCCUCGCAGAGACCUGGAGAAGCAGCUGACUGGAGAAGAAAAAGCUCUGAGACCCGGUGACCCUGGGUUCUGUGCGAGGGCCCGGGUCCCUAUGCCCUCCAACAAAGACUACGUGGUCCGGCCCAAAUGGAACGUGGAGGGGGACUCGAGCCGGAGUGGCUGUAAGAAGGCCAUUGGCCUGCUGGAGAAGCACAAGCGGCGCUUCGCGGAGCGGAGGAAGAUGCACCGGCCCCAGGGCGCCGUGAAGAUCAGCAUAGAGGGGAACAGGAUGCCGCUGUAGUUCCUGCUGCUGGCCUGCAGGGGGCAGGUCCCAUGAAGAAGGGUUUGUCCCGGGUCGAUAAACAGAUGCGUAGAUUUGCUGACAUCCGCCGGUUGACGAAGACGGGUCACGC